AUGUCUGAGACAAUUCAUCUGACGGAGUAUCUCUUCCGGCGUCUCCGCGAGGCGGGCUUGCAGGCCGUCCAUGGAGUUCCCGGCGACUACAACCUCUUGAUGAUGGACUAUAUUGUUCCAGCUGGGCUGGAGUGGGUUGGAAACUGCAACGAGCUUAAUGCCGGCUACGCCGCGGAUGGAUAUGCGCGAGUCAAAGGCAUCGGUGCCCUAGUCACAACAUUCGGCGUGGGAGAGCUAUCAGCCAUCAACGCUAUCGCGGGCUCAUAUGCUGAAAUGGCUCCGGUAAUUCACAUUGUCGGCACGCCGAAACGUGCAAUGCAGACGCGAGGAGCCAAGCUUCACCAUUCCGUAUGCAGUGGAAAGCCUAGCGAUUUCACCAUGUUCGCGGAGAUGUACUCUAAAAUCACCGUUGCACAAGAGAAUCUCUGGGAUGCUUCGACAGCUCCCGCUCAGAUUGAUCGAUUGAUACGGGAAUGUAUUAUUCAAUCUCGACCGGUAUAUUUGCAAGUUCCAGCGGACAUGGUUACCGAACCUGUCCCCGCCGCAGCUCUUUCUCGACCUCUGGAUCUCACCCCGCCUUCUAACGACCCGGAGAGUGAGCAGGAAGUGUGUGAUAUCAUUGUUGAGAGAAUCAGUAACGGAAAGCAACCAUUUAUUUUGAUCGAUGCCGGCACAUCCCGCUACGGGCUAGUGAGCGAGGCAGAUGAGCUGGUCAGAAUAACAGGGUUCCCAACCGCCACGACACCCUUCGGGAAGGGGAUACCGGAUGAGACUUUACCGAACUUCCACGGCAUCUAUGCAUCGGUGGGAGAAGGGGCAUAUCUGCCUUAUGUCGAAUCCUCCGAUCUGAUUAUCAAUAUCGGACCUGUCCACAGCAAUGUCAAUACCUCUUGUUUCACCACGAUUCCCAACCCCAGGGUGUCCAUCGUCUUUGACCAGACAUCCAUCACUAUCGAUGGCGAAGUCUACAACGUCUUCCCAAAAGGCGUGUUAAAAAGGGUACUCGACCACCUUCGGGAUGCUAUGCUCUCCUUCUGGCCAUACCCCAACUUACCAGACCCACGAUCCACAUUAAAGCACAUCUCUCGAGCAACCAGCGCAGGAGCUCUGACACAAGACAUAUUCUUCAAGCGCAUGUCAUAUUUCUUCCGCCCCGGAGAUAUAAUUCUAACAGAAACCGGCACCGCAAGCAACGGUGGACGCGAUUUUGUCUUCCCUCAGAACGUGAGCUUAAUAAAUUCCGGUGUCUGGCUGUCGAUCGGCUACAUGCUCGGUGCCGCACAAGGAGUAGCCCUAGCACAACGAAAUAUGGGCUCGCAAGGACGAACAAUCCUUUUUAUAGGCGAUGGCAGUUUCCAAGUGACAGCACAAGAACUGAGCACUAUUAUCCGGAAGAAACUGAGUGCCAUUAUCUUCGUGAUCAAUAACGAUGGGUACACGAUUGAGCGUUUGAUUCAUGGGAUGGACGCGGACUAUAAUGAUAUUGCAAUGUGGCGAUAUCUCGAUUCACCUUCUUAUUUCGGAGCCCCGUCCGACGAUUCAUAUCCUGUGUUCACUGCGAGGGUGAGCACGUGGGGGGAACUUGAUGGCGUUUUGUCGAGAGAGAGCUUUCAGCGCGGCCCAGGGCUGCGAAUGGUGGAAUUGAUGAUGGGUGUCUCGGACUGUAUGGAAACGUUGAGGCACUUUCUUAAGAUGUACGCUGCUAGGAAGGAGUGA